AGUUGCCGUCGAAGCCUGUUCACGAGAGGUUCCAGAGCGCGUGUGUAAAAAGGUGAACCGCUGCCGCCGCUCGAUCGCGCGCCGAUCAUUUCGUCCGUCUCGCGCGGAACUAAAGUCGCGAUUAUUGGAUUUUUCUUUUUCAUACUGUGACGCGAACAAAAACAAAAGAAGCGAAGAAACAGAAAAACAAUAACAUCAUCGGCCUGCGCUUCCGAGCAAAAGCGCCAAAAGGGGCCUCUCAGCCUCUGGUCGAAACUUGCCUCGAGCUAAAAACGUGAGCGCGCGCGGUUUUGGAAGACGCACGUGAAAGUGAACUGGAAUUUUGAGGAAUACAGUUUUCGCUAUAUUGGCAAAUGCAGGUGGGAAGCGAAGAAAAGGCGAAGAGAUUUUUUCGUUGAUCCAGCCCGAUCCAAUGCGAAACAAAAAGGUUGUUGUGCACUAAAAAAAGUAGUGAACCCACGUCAAGUGACUGCACGGGGUGAAAUUUGAUCAACUACCCAACCAAAUACCAUAGUAUCAUCACCCGGAGUUGUUGUUGGAAGUUCGGCGAAGUCUGAAGAAAAAAGAGCAACAUACACACAGAAACACCGAGUUCGAGUGAAAAUAAAUUAAUGAACGGUGAACGGUGCUCUGCGCCAACGAACGGGUCUCUUACAUCUGUAACUGCGAGGCGAAUUUCUGUGUUUUUGCAACAACAGAGAUGUGAUUGUGCUUGCCUGGCUGCCAGCGACUUGACCAUAAAAAGGAUUCGAAAAUAAAAAUGCAUGUUGUGGAAAAGUUGCUGCUAAGCUGAACUACUCUCGUACCACCAUAAGUGAAUGAAGUGUUGUAGCUGGAGAAGAUUACGACGCCGAAGAAGAUAAGCGCAUCGGAUAUUGAAUGUGAUAACACGUGUUUCGAGCAGCAAGAGAGAGAUGAGGAAUCCUUGAAGCAUCUUCACGCGGUGAAACUCGAAGGUUGUAAAUCGAAGAAAACGAAAUGCGGGGCAGUUUUUUUUUGCAAUCACGUCUGUGAGUUGUUUCAUGAUACAUGGCGGGGCUCCCUUAUGAGUGAUUGAUCGGUCCAAAAUCCAAUCGACAACAACAACAACCCUCAGCUCAACACACGAUAACAAGAGGGCAAACGUUGUUUACCACCAGAAGGGGGCUGUUUUGCUGUUGGGGUGCGCGCUCAAGUGAAAUCGAAAGCCGAAAAAUUGUUCCGACGUAUCGAAGCGAAAAAAUGGAAUCGAAUUAAUCGAAACCCCCGCGGUGGUGUGCUUUUUGUGUGCUACUGAUAUUGUUUUUUUUUGUAUGAGGGUGCACAAGAGUUGUAACGAGGUGGUGUUCAACAUCGUAAGGUGCGUUUAGAAGGGGCGGUGUAUGCUUUAUGGUUGCGGGUAGAUGCGCAAUAAAAAUCCAAGUGUGCAAGUGAUUUGGGUGCCUGAACAAGCGAUGAACCCGCCCGAUGAUGUGUGAAGCUGAGCUACGUUGGAAUGUAACAAGUAUCAGCAGCAGAACCGAAGCCGAGCAAUGUAAUUAUAUUGAUACUGGUGACAAAACUCACCGUUAAACGACUUUCGAUCGACACUUCAACGACAAUGAACCUGGCAAGUGCGGGAGGAUCAAGGAACCUGCCGUGGUUAGGAGAGCCCAGUGAAAAAGUUCCAGAGACAACUCGAUCGAUCGGAUGACUCUCGGUGCUAAAGUGCUUGAAUAUUAUGUAACCCACCUUGCUACCAGUGAUCAAAAUGUAGACAACGAGUGAUUUCCAUCCGAUAAUCGAAUCAGAAUCCGAAGAAGAGGGAGAAGACGUGUCAUUGUGUGAUAUUCCGCCUCGAAGGCAAUCAGUGAAUUUGAGUGUAGAAUCCGAGGUUCGUAACGAGUGUCGCACGGAAACAGAAGCAUGGUGGGUCGCUCACGGAUGAGUAUCAUCCUGCUGGUGGUGCUCAUCGCGUGCAAACUGGCAGAUCCGGUGCGAUCGAAUGGUGGAAUUGUUGCUUCCGGUGGCGAAUCGCCACCACCACCACCACCGUCGUCUUCACAGCUAUUCGGUGCUGGAAGUGACCGAAGAUCUGUUUCGUUGUCGCGUCAAACUGAAGUGCCAAAUGUUGGCCGAGGUGGAACGUCCACUACGGUGCUGCUGACGACAUCCACGACUCCAGCAUCGGCAGUGAAAGGUAGCAGCAGCAGCAGUACGACCACUCCGGCGGCGUCGAUUGCAUCGCAGCUGGAUGGCCACCGAUCUUCGCCAGAUGCCACCGUCACCACCGACAAUCUAAAUGAAGCCAGCUCCACGACUACGGCGGCACCGGCGAAACGGCGCAAUGUCAACCGGGACAAUAAGCUGAUGUCGGUGUUGCAAGCUCGGAGGACGGCCCUAUCCAGGGACCGGUGGCAGAAGGAGUACCAUCCGCCUUCGUCGUUGAAGCUCCACAGGCACAGCAAUCCGGCCGUCAACCUGGUUGAGGACAGUAGCACUCCGGAGUCGAACCUGAUCAUUCCACCGGGGUCGAGGAUCGCUGGAGUGGACGAGUUUCUGGACACGGAUGAAUCGAUCCACGGGAUGUACGUGGUGAAUCCGCGGACCGGGAAGAUCGCCCUGCAGCAUACGGGACCGCAGGUCAAGUUGGCUAAGGAGACCAACAACUUUGUAGCGCAGCAUAGUAACAAGACUGAGGAAAGUACGAAGCUUACGUCGACGAAGCCCUAUACGGGGAGGAGUUUGUAUUACGAUGGCAGAGGGAAACGGAAUCGAGAUAGGAAGGCGUUCCCGACGUCCACGGAGCGUACGUUGGACGAUAGUGAACUGGUGCCGUAUCAAUACUUUGGACAGAAACUGGUGCCGUCGAGGAAGACUACGGAGGAUUCAAGAAAUCAAGUGGUGCUUACCAAAGGCACCAGGUUGAAUAAGUUGAAGGAAGACUCACUGGAGAUAAUGGAAGUUUCGGCUCCAAAGCCUUCAACCGAGAAGAAUAAGUUCUGGCAGACUAGGUUGGCGUAUCAGACGAGGAAUGUCGUUGCAUUCAACAACUAUCUAAGGAGGACGAAGGACGGUAUCUAUGGAAUAACUCCAACACCUACCACGUCUACGACGGCAGCUCCAACCGAGAAUCCAGUGCAUCCGGAUUCAUUGACAAACUCAAUGAUAGCGUUGAGCAAUCUUUCGGAAGGUCCAGUCGACCCGAAGCAAGUGUUCUCCAGAAGUGCUAACUUCACUACGUCAAGCAGGAGUGAGCGAAUCGUAUUGAGCUCGACUGAAAGCAGUACAACAGUGGAACCCAGCAAAACGACUUCGACGCUUCCUCCGAAUCACAAACCGGAGGAAGAGCUGCCGGGGCUAUUCAGUCCUACUGGAUUAGCAGAGAUCUCCAAACUGAUCAUCAACUAUCCAGACGACGCCACUCCGGAAGAUCUAUACCACGUAAACAACUAUCAAGCAGUGGCUGAGCCUGUUCCAGAUCCGACUACCACCGAAAAAUCAGAACCGGUCCCUGAAACGACUCAGUCGAUCGUAGAUGAUUACGAAACUCCCAGGAAUUUGGUAUCCAUCCCGGAUAUCAACCACAUUUUCCAGAAUUUGUCGACAAGAACCACAACCAGUACAACUACGGAGAUGCCGAUGCCUGCCAAACGCGCAUCUCCAAUCGGUUUCGAUAUCGAAACCCGAACUGAACAGUACAUUCCAGUGACCGUGACGCUAUCUACGACAAGUACGACGACGUCCACACCCGAGCUGUCGACAACUCCAUCCACCGAACCAACUACGUCCACCAUUACAACCACCACUACGCAACCUACAACUACAACAUCCACCACCACAACCACUUCCACCACACCCCAACCCACAACCACUUCCACCCGUCCAACUCCUCCGGAGAUCUCCACCGACCCGCCGAUCACCGAAGUAGACCAGGACGUCGAAGUCUACUCGGACACCGACGAAGACGACUCCAACUCGACCGAUUUCAACCCGAUCCUGUCGCACGUGUUCCCCAAGUUGACCAAGAACCCACUUCCCUCCCGGCCUCCAACGAUCAUGGAUUUCGCCGCCACGUCACCAUCACCCUCCAUCGCAUCCCACAUCCCAACGAAGAAACCCGCGAUCGCCUUUGAAGGGGUCCUGCUGCAGCACAACAGCGACGUGGUGAUCGAGAUGCGCAAGAUGAACACGGCGACUUUCAUCCUGGCCGGGCUGGGGAUGCUCCCGAUCGUGAUUAUCAUUCUGUACGUGAUCAAGGCGGCGGUUUGCAAGCGGGAGAACAAGGUCUCGCACGAUCUGGAACGGUACAUUCCCGACGGGCAGCCACCGAUCAGUCCAGUGGUGCGGUUGGAACAGUCCGAUACGUCCAGCGUGGCGGAUGAGUCGAUCAUCACCGAUCGGGACUUCAACCGGAAGAACUUGAGGUUCAAGAGCCUGCUCGGGGAGGGUAACUUCGGACAGGUUUGGAAGGCGGAGGCCGACGAUCUGGCGGGGCACUUCGGUUCAACGAGGAUCGUUGCGGUCAAGACGGAACGCAGCGAUAACGGACAUGGGGACUUGAAAGCGGAAGCGGACAUCAUGCGAAAGCUGGGAUCACAUCCGAAUGUGGUAACACUGCUGGGGGCUUGUUUGGAGCAAGAACCGCAACUGCUGAUCAUGGAGUACGCCAUGAGAGGACGGUUGCUAUCGUUGCUUAGAGCGGCACGAGGUGCAGUCAACGGGUUGGCACCAACAAUCCACGGCAAUCGAACGCCGAUCAUGCCACUUUCGCCAAGAAGGCUAACCGGAUUCGCACACGAUAUUGCCCGAGGAAUGGAGUACAUUGCCGAUAAGAAGAUUGUCCACCGGGAUUUGGCGGCGCGUAACGUUCUACUGGAUCACAACGGGAUCUGUAAGAUCUGCGACUUUGGUAUGUCGAUCGAUCUGGAGAAGAUCAAGUCGUCGCAGGCGCACAUCCGGGUGCCGCGAUCGCAUCACAGCGAGUCGAGGUUUAAGUUCGAUCUGAGUGCUCGAUCGUUCGGCAUUGGAAGGCACCACAGCCAUGGACACCAUGAGGGUCUGGGAAGGCACGGCAAUCAUCGAGGUCACGACACCAAGAGCCGUCCAGCGUUGCCGAUCCGAUGGAUGGCACCGGAAGCGCUGCAAUAUCACAUCUUCUCCCGCGAGACGGACGUUUGGGCGUUUGGUAUUGUCCUUUGGGAGAUCUCUACUUUAGGUUGCACACCGUAUCCAACUCUGUCCGGUCGGGAAGUGGUGCGAAGUGUUCCGAACGGUGCUCGACCGGAGAUUCCACCGGACUGCCGUCCGGAGUUGUACGACCUGAUGCAUCGAACCUGGAGGAAGGAUCCCCGACAGAGGCCAUCCUUCUCCGAGGCUCGGAACUGUCUUGCGAGGACAUUGUGCCAGUGGCAGCUGGAGGAAACGGACACCUCCAACACGUCGGAAUAUCUGGACGUCAGCGGUUUCAGUGAAGAUCUGGAACAGGGAAUGGUCUACUUCAACCGAAGGAUUUCCGAGUUUGAGUGUGAAAUCUAAUCCCAGCGCAGUAUUACUCGUGAAACCUUUCCAUCCCUUUCAUUAUCAUCCCACUGAACCAAACAUCCAACCAAUCCUCAAGACACAAACCACUUUGCAUUAGGUUCGCACUUUUUGGCGCGACUCGUUGUUAUUGGCUUGCAGUUUCCAUCUAUCGUUUUCCUGGCGAAAACUCACUGUGGAAAUUUUCUCUUCUCCCGAAAUGGAUUCGCGUGUUUGUGUUUCACCCCCAUCUCCCCCACCCCUCCCCUCUCCAAAUCUUUUGUAAAUAGACAUCUAUUCCUGCUUUGCGAACCCCUUCCGUACUAAGCUGAAAGGUCAAAAUAGCAAAUCGUCACCGGACUUCCACCGGGAAUCCGAAUAUUUAACAUUCAAAUUGUGAAUAGAAACGCAUGCGCAUAUCGCUCACCCUUCACUCCAUUCAUCACGAGAUAUUGUUUAUAUUGAGCUUUUCUUUUUACUUCGCUUUGGUAAGGAUUCGUCGUCAUAACCAAUUGUUGUUCCAACGAGAAAAAAAUCAGUGAUAAUGCGACCAUAAGUUAUAUCAGAAUAAGCAAACGCAAACAAGUGAGAAACUAUACGAAAGAGAUAACAAAAAUUUCAUUGUUAAGAAAUGUUGUAAAUUUUUAAAUUCAUCACACGAUCACCGAACGACGACACGAUGGAGUGUGGAUUCCACGUGGCAAGAGAAGCAUCAGCAUCAUGCAGAGAAAAAGGAUUUUAUAUUAUUUUUAUUGAUAGUUAUUUUGUUUUUCUUUGUUAAUAUGUAGACUCGGAUCAGAGGAGGAACGCGAUUUUUCUCUGAAUAAAGAAACUAUGAAAAAUCUUA